AUGCAGAGCGCCUGUCCCGGUGGCGCCCCCGCCCUGCACCUCCUGGCCACCUAUUUCCUCGACCGCAUCCUGGGUGGGACCGGGGAUCACACCGGCGGGGACGCCGCAGAGAAGCGCCAGCCUCCCGGACCCCUCCUGCAGCAGGUAGCGCGGGGGGGAGAAGAAGAAGCGGAGCCGCGGCGGGGGGAAAAGCAGCAGACGCCGGGCAGCCGAGCGGACGAAGGGCAGCCGGGCGAGAGAGGGCUGAUUCCCGGCCCGGCCGCCCCACCCAGCGCCCGCGAAGCGACGGAGCCGCAGAAGCGCAAGCAGCGCCGCUACCGCACCACCUUCAGCCACGUCCAGCUGCAGGGCCUGGAGGGCGCCUUCCGCAAGUGCCACUACCCCGACGUCUUCACCAGGGAAGAACUUGCCCUACAGUUAGACCUUACAGAAGCUCGAGUCCAGGUCUGGUUUCAGAACCGAAGGGCGAAGUGGAGGAAACGGGAAAAAGCGGAGAUUCCAGGAAACAGGGCUGGCAUCUCCUGGACCCCUCCUCUGGGUUUGUACUUGGACAUCCCACUGACCCAGACACCCCUCUUGGACUCCACCUGGAGAACAUUUCCCAUUUCUGCCAUGGCUGUGCCUCCUAUGACCCCAGCAUUUGGCCCAACAACUUUGGCACCAUUCGGCAUUGGAAGUUUUGCCUGGACGUCACUUUUCCGAAAUUCAGUGUUAAGCCCCCAACUUGGAAGGUUUCUUAGUGCAUUAAAUCCUUGGAUGAGCCCCACCUCAGUUCUAAUGAAAGCUCCCACCAAUGCUGUGGUCACCACCUUCACGGAUCCUAUCCUGGCUGAGACAAAAAACUCAAAUACUGCAGACCUGAGACUGAAAGGCAGAGACUGUUCUGGCCUGGUGCCUCCUUUGAACCCAACGCCGAAUCACAGGAGUAGGGAGAAGGUCUUCUACUGAUCAACCAGAGGAUGAUGUCUGUUGGCCAAAGAGAGCCACCAAGGUCUCUCAUAACAGAGAUAGCCUGGCUCUACCCCUUGAUCUAUGCUGUGGCCAUUUACAAUCCAUCGCUUUCCAUGUCUGGAUCGCCCUUUAAGAAAGAUUGUUUUUUUAUUUAAAAGUGAGGGAAUGUUGGGAUGGAUGGAUGGAGGGUGUGUUAAUGAAGGAUGAACACUCCCAAGGAAAGUUGGGGCUUAAAAAAAUCUUGCCAGUAGAUGGGCCUUGUUUGUAAGAUUUUUGGAAAGGAAUCAGCGGAUGGAACAGAAGUUGCCUUCGGAGGUUGUGGGAGCUUCAUCACUGGAAGCUUUCAAGAAGAGAUU